AUGAACGUCGCACGAUUGGCCGUGCGACCUAGCGCAGUUGCUCGCACCCUCAAGGCGGUGCAGAGCAGCGCAGGCCGCCAGCCAUCGAAACCCUCUCUUUCCUCUCACUUCCCUCCUUUUUCUGGGCGUAUUUCACCUCGUUCCUCUCCCUUCUCGACCUCCACUCCUGCUUGGUGCUCCAAGCACAGCCCCUCCAGCACCGCCACCGCAGACGCCGAUCAAUCUAACACCUCCAGUUCAGAUCGCUACUCGUCCGCUCUGCGACAGAACAAGGAAUGGGCCGCCCAGACUGCCCGCGAGCACCCUGACCUUUUCCCUACCCUUGCGACCGGUCAACAACCCCAGAUCCUGUGGCUAGGAUGCUCCGACUCCCGCUGCCCGGAGACCACCCUGCUGGGUCUGAAGCCCGGCGAUGUUUUCGUGCACCGUAACAUCGCCAACAUCCUGCACCCUGGUGACCUGAGCUCGGGUGCAGUGAUUGAAUAUGCCGUGCAGCACCUGCGCGUCAACCAUGUUGUGGUCUGCGGCCACACCGCCUGUGGCGGUGUCGCUGCCGCUAUGGGCAACAAGCAACUUGGUAUUCUGGACCCAUGGCUGCUUCCCCUGCGCCAGGUCCGCAACCGCAACCUUGCCUUGCUGCAGAGCCUGUCCGAGGAAGAGGCGGCGCUUAAGCUCGUUGAGCUUAACGUCCGCGAGGGUUUGGACGUUGUCAAGCAAAAGGGUGCGGUUCUCAACGCGAUCGAGGAACGUGGACUCCAGGUCCACGGUCUGAUCUACGACGUUGCUUCCGGUGUCCUGCGGGAAUUGGACACCCAGGAUUCGGAGGAGGUUAUCAAGUCUCGGUUGACAGCUUUCGCUGUUCGUGAUUAG